AUAAAGACAGAAAGAGAGACAGACAGACAGACAGCAUCUGGACUGAGGAGGGGGUGAGACAGCAGCAUCAUCAUCUUCAUCAGCGCGAGGACACUGUGACUGUCACUGAUUUCCUGCAGCGGCGUCUGGAGCUCCAGCAUCACCCGCCUGAAUGAAGAUGUCGCUCGUCCCUUGAAUUCAUUUCUGCUGAACUGAAAGUGAUUCACUCCUCUCUGUAGCCGGUCAGAUUGUUCACGUUUGAACUUCUUUCUUCUGCCCGGUGUGUGUGCGCUGUCAUCAUGACUAAAUCAUACGAGUUUAACUGGCAGAAACACGUGCCGGAGUUCCUGCAGGAGGGAGCUGCGUUUGACCGAUUUGAUGAGGAUCCGUUCGUGUUUGAACCCAGCUGCCAUUUCAAAGUCGACGAGUUCGGCUUCUUUCUCACGUGGAAAAGUGACGGAAAAGAAGGACAAGUUCUCGAAUGUUCUCUGAUCAACAGCAUUCGUCCUGGAGUCGGGUCGAAGGACUCAAAGAUCGUGGCGUCGCUGGAGGCCGCGGGGAAGAAUGAAACCGAUCUGGAUGGUCGCAUCAUCUGCGUGUGCAGUGGGCCAGAUCUGGUCAACCUCAGCUUCAUGUACAUGGUGACUGACAACGCCGACACUGCCAAGAAAUGGAUGGAGGGCCUGAAAUCAGUGAUUCACAACUUCAAGGCGAAUAAUGUUUGUCCAAUGACGUGUCUGAAGAAACAUUGGAUGAGACUGUCAUUCCUCACCAACAUCAACGGGAAAAUCCCUGUGAGAGGUAUAACACGGACGUUCGGCUCUGGGAAAACUGAGAAGGGAAUCUUUCAGGCGCUGAAGGAGCUCGGGCUGCCCAGCGGGAAGAAUGAUGAAAUUGAACAUUCAGCGUUCACGUUUGAUAUAUUCUACUCGCUGACACAGAAAAUCUGCCCUCGUACGGACAUAGAAGAGCUUUUCAAACAGAUCAGCGGAGAUAAAAGUGAUUAUUUAACCAUAGAGCAGUUAGUCAGCUUUCUGAAUGAAAAUCAGCGAGACCCUCGCCUCAAUGAAAUUCUCUUUCCGUAUUACGACGCCAAACGAGUCACGCAGAUCAUCGAGAAGUACGAGAGAGAUGCCGACUUGAAGAAGAAAGGUCGCAUGUCCUGCGACGGCUUCUGUCGGUAUCUGAUGUCAGAUGAGAACGCGCCGGUGUUUCUGGACCGUUUGGAUCUGUGUCAGGAGAUGGAUCAUCCGCUGGCUCAUUAUUUAAUCAGCUCCAGUCACAACACGUAUCUGACCGGACGACAGUUUGGUGGGAAGUCUUCAGUGGAGAUGUACAGACAGGUGCUGCUCUCUGGCUGCAGGUGUAUUGAGUUGGACUGUUGGGAUGGUAAAAGUGAAGAUCAGGAGCCGAUCAUAACUCACGGGAAAGCCAUGUGCACCGACAUCCUGUUCAAGGAUGUAAUUCAAGCCAUAAAGGAAACAGCGUUUGCAACGUCUGAUUAUCCUGUUAUUCUCUCAUUUGAGAAUCACUGCAGUAAACUGCAGCAGUAUAAGAUGGCGAAAUACUGCGAGGAGAUUUUUGGUGAUCUGUUACUGAAGCACCCGUUGGAGGGUUUUCCAAUUGAAGCCGGACAGCCGUUACCGUCACCAAACGACCUCAAACGAAAAAUACUCAUCAAAAACAAACGAUUAAAACCUGAAGUGGAACAGAAGCAGUUGGAGUCGUUUAAGAAGCACAUGGAAGCUGGUGAGAUGAGCAUACAGACCGGAGAAGAUGAGAAUGAUGAAGAUUUAGACAGCGCGGUGGACAGUAAAGAUCUGAACUCUGACCUGAAGAACAUCAACAGUCUGUUGAUGUCAGAAGAUCCCAGUGAAGCCGAUCACCAGGACAACGGCAUCAGGAAGAAGAUCACAGAUGAUGAUGUCACAGAGAUUUCAGAAGUGAUGGAGAUUACAGAUGCAACGGACAUCUCUGAAACUUCUGACCUGGACAAUAAAAAGAAGGGUGUAGAAUCAGCAGAAGAUGCAGACGCUGAGCAGCAGUUAAUCGCCUCGUACAAGUAUGAAGGAGCGACGACCAACAUCCACCCGUAUCUAUCAGCGAUGGUGAAUUACGCUCAACCUGUCAAGUUCCAGAGCUUUGAAGUGGCAGAAGAGAGAAACAUUCAUCACAACAUGUCAUCUUUUAAUGAGUCUGUUGGUUUGGGUUAUCUGAAGACAAACGCCAUCGAAUUUGUCAACUACAACAAGCGGCAGAUGAGCCGGAUCUACCCUAAAGGCGGCCGCGUGGACUCCAGUAAUUACAUGCCACAGAUCUUCUGGAACGCCGGAUGCCAGAUGGUGUCGCUAAACUUCCAGACUCCAGAUUUGGGCAUGCAGCUGAAUCAGGGAAAGUUCGAGUAUAACGGCGCGUGUGGGUAUCUUCUGAAGCCAGAUUUCAUGCGGCGUGCCGAUCGGAUGUUUGAUCCUUUCUCAGAGACGCCGGUGGAUGGAGUGAUCGCCGCCACCUGCAGCGUACAGGUGUUCUCAGGUCAGUUUUUAUCAGAUAAGAAGAUCGGCACGUAUGUGGAGGUGGACAUGUAUGGUCUUCCCACAGACACCAUCAGGAAAGAGUUCAGGACACGUAUGGUGAUGAAUAACGGACUGAAUCCAUAUUACAACGAGGAGCCGUUCGUCUUCAGGAAGGUGAUUUUGCCCGAUCUGGCCGUGUUGCGUAUCGCGGUAUAUGAUGAUAAUAAUAAGCUGAUUGGUCAGAGGAUCCUGCCGUUAGACGGCCUGCAGGCGGGUUACAGACACAUCUCACUGCGCAACGAAGGAAACAAACCGCUCUCGCUGCCCACCGUCUUCUGUAAUAUCGUACUCAAGACUUACGUACCUGACGGCUUCGGGGCUAUUGUUGACGCUCUUUCCGAUCCAAAGAAAUUCCUGACCAUCGCUGAGAAACGUGCCGACCAAAUGCGAGCACUGGGUAUUGAAACGAGCGACAUCGCAGACGUACCGAACGAAAGCUCUAAGAGUGAUAAGAAAGGUAAAAUCAAUCAGGUGAAAACAAACGUGACGCCGCAGAUGAGCUCCGAGAUGAACGCAACCACGAACAACAUCGGCGAGACUAAACGUGAUCAUUCUGCAGUUGUGAAUCAAGUAAAUAUUGAAGAUUUGAAACAAAUGAAGAUGUUCAUUAAACUGAUGAAGAAACAGCAGAAGGAACUGAACACGUUAAAGAAACGACACGCCAAGGAACACAACGCCAUGCAGAAGUCUCACUGCACUCAGGUGGAUAAAAUGAUCGCACAACACGACAAAGACAAAUUCACACUGGAGAAAUUUCUAGAGAAAGCCAUCAAGAAGAAAGGAGAAAACAACUGUUCCGAGUUAAAGAAGGAAACGGCGAUAAAAGUGGAAACACUCACGACAGAUCAUAAAGAGAAGGUGAAGGAUAUCGUAGCGCAGCACACUAAAGAGUGGUCAGAGAUGAUCAACACGCACACUACAGAGGAACAGGAAAUGAAGGACGGUCACGUGACUCAACAGUGUGACGUCCUGCGCAAGCUGCUGGCCAGUGUACAGGAACAACAGACGCUACAACUCAAAGUCGUACAUGAACGGCAAAGCAAAGAAAUGAAGGCGAAUCAGGCGAAGUCAUCGAUGGAGAACAGCAAAGCCAUCAGUCAAGACAAGAGCAUCAAAAAUAAAGCCGAGCGCGAGAGGAGAGUUCGCGAGCUGAACAGCAGUAACACUAAAAAGUUUCUUGAAGAGAGAAAAAGGUUGGCGAUGAAACAGGCGAAAGAGAUGGAGCAACUACAGAAAAACCAGCGAGAACAACUGGAGAAACUGGAGAAAUUUAACGAGCAGCUUUUGAAAUCACACCAUGCAAACUGUCAGACUCAAGGCCAAGGACAUGCAGAAGAUGGUGAAGCUGGAGGAGGAGAUGGACCGCAGACCAGCCACAGUGGUGUAACGCCUUCACCUGUCAACUGACACGAGAGAGAGAGCGAACGCUACCUUUCCAACACAACCAAACAAAACCCCCAUAAAUCUACAUCACUGCACUCAAUGCAUCUGUCACGCUCCUCACCCCUGCAGUCUGUAUGUCUGUAACCCCACCCCCUCUACCCUACCUCAGCUCUAGCCCCGCCCACCACACAUUACCCCGCCUCUGCAGCUGUGUCCAGCCAAUCCCAGCCGUAGCUCCGACCACUUUGCUAUAAACAAGCUUUGAACAUACCCCUGGAGGAACGGAUUCAUCACACGCAUUUUUAUGAAGCAGAACCGCCGUCACGUCCCCUACAUAGUGAGCACAUCAACGGGUCGAGCGCUCAGAAUCAGUGUGAACUUUUCAACUUCUCUCUUAACUGAGCUAGUCAGCCGUAGCAGCAAACGGACGAAUGCAAAGUUUUAGUUUGUUUUAUGCUGUCAGCACGAUCUGUGUGAACGUUACUCAUGUGUCUGGAGCACUUUAUAUGUGAUAGACGUCAGACGAUCUUUGAAUAUGUAGCAGAGCGCUAGCUUUUCUCUGUACAGUAAGAAUGUAGAGCUAGUGUGAAUGAAACCAAACGUCAUCGCUGAUAUACUUCUUAAACUGCUGUACUCGUUUACCGAGCAGUUGGCUUUUUAUCAUCUGUUAAUUUAUGUUUUUAAGAUAGAUGCACACGCCGUUUUACUCAAAAAUGUUUGUAUUUUAGAAGUGGAACUUUUUAAAACGCUGAACAUCCCUCAGUCAGUGUAAAUCAUUUAAUCACAGCCUUUGAAACGGUUAUGGUUGUUAAUGUGUACACAGCGCUGCACUGGACCUGUUUGAAGACAGUUGGUGUGUUUAGUGCAUGAGGAGUAUUGGCCGGGACAGGUGCAGGAAGUAGCAAAGCGUCACACCUGUGUUGUUCAGGUCCUGUACUGUACGGUGCUAUAAACAAAAACAAAAAACCUGAACUUUGGCAGCUCCUCGCAUGGAUUUGGAUGGAGGUAACACGUCAACAUUUGUCUAACAGAAACUUUUUUCAUUAUUUCUGACAUCACACUGAACUUGGGUUACAUUUUUGGUGUUAUUCCUUUUAUUUUUAGAAGUAAGCUAUUGGUACUUGUUUAAAAGAAAGAGUUUAUUGUAUAUUCUGGAUUAUAUGUGCUUAUAUUGACCAAACGUUUGAGGGUUUUGGGAUCAUAUGUAUAUUGGUUCUUGUGUCUCCCUGUUUUCUUCUUUACGUUCAUGUUUUCAAGUAUUUGCUGGUGACCACAUGUCUAGAGUGAAAGCAAAAGUGCUUUAAAACUCCAUCGCUUACAAAUGUGCCACUAUAUGUCAGGUAGGACAUUAAAUUAUUUUACAAAUGCCAAAAUAAGGGGUUAUUUAUAUACAGAUACAUGUAUAAAUAUAUAAAUGUAUAUUAUUAAAUAUGGCGAGUACUUUAAGACUACAUUUUGUUUCUUAGAAGCUUUUUGCACUAGUUGAAUGUUUUCUGUUGUGCAACUUUCAUGUAGAUUUUGCUCUAUAUUAUAGUUUGCGAGAAAAGCAGAUUAUUUUUGCAGAACUGUCGCUCUGAAUCUCAUGGUUUUUAUUUGUUUGUCUCCUGUAGUCUGUAGCUAAUGGAUCAUGCUUUUGUAUUUAUAUUGUAUUUGUCAAACUUCAAGCAAUGAAAAAACAAAAAAUAAAUCCUGUUGUUAUCCUGCUACUUUAAUACUGUUUUAUAGUAUGUGUACCAAUAAACUAUCCCAGGUGAUAAAUGAAAA